AUGAUUGUGAUCAUCCUCAAGGGCGAUACACUCAGUAAAAAGACGUUAAUCGUCGUAGAGGCGUUGGCGGAUGACAUGGCAGCGCAACACAAGCAGCUUCGCCAAUAUGUUGAUGGAGUACCAGAGGAGGAGCUUGGCCCCUUGGCCCCAUGUAUGCCGGGGCUCCGUAACUUUCAUGGCACAUACUUUGGCGGUAUAGCCGGGCUUUCGUCGAGCAAUAUCCCGAAGGGGUGGCCCAAGAUGCGAACCAGGACGACGCGCUGA